AAAGCUCUAGUCUUGCUCAACCAGUCUUACAAUAAAGCCAUGCGGUGCCUAGCUCUGAUCGCCCUCUGCCUGCUUGCUCUUUUGGUCCUGGCUGCGGGCCAGGAGUCCAAGGGCUUCUGCCCGUGUCCCCGCAACUAUGAUCCUGUCUGCGGAUCGGACUCCGUGACCUACAGCAACCAGUGCGAUUUGAACUGCGCAGCGAAAAACCAAGGACGGGCAAUAACCGUGGUCAAGGCGGGGAAGUGCUAGCAACCGGAAUAUGGAAAUUCAACUGCUUGUAAUUGCUAAAUGGAUGAUGAAAAGUGGAAAACAAAUAUGUGUUAAAUGUUAAAAUAAAUUGUAAAUAUCUA